AUCCAGAAACACUUCAACACUUCAUUCAUCAUACUAUAAAAUCUCUCUCUUUCAUUCAUUCCAAGCACCUCAAAAUUUUCAUUCUCUGCAAUUCUCUCUCGUUGCGCUUUUUGUUCUCUGAAAUUCUAUCUCUGUGAAAUUUGCUUUUUCUCGAUCAAGUUUCUUCAAUGGCGGACGCUGAAACAUUCGCAUUCCAAGCUGAGAUUAACCAACUUCUUAGCUUGAUCAUCAACACGUUCUAUAGUAACAAGGAGAUUUUCUUGCGUGAACUCAUCAGUAAUUCUUCUGAUGCUUUGGACAAAAUUCGGUUUGAAAGUUUGACUGAUAAGAGCAAGCUUGAUGGGCAACCAGAGCUUUUCAUUAGGCUUGUUCCUGACAAAGCCAACAAUACUCUUUCCAUCAUUGACAGUGGCAUUGGCAUGACCAAAGCAGAUUUGGUGAACAACUUGGGUACUAUUGCGAGGUCUGGAACAAAGGAGUUCAUGGAGGCAUUACAGGCUGGUGCUGAUGUGAGCAUGAUUGGUCAGUUUGGUGUAGGAUUCUACUCUGCUUAUCUGGUUGCUGAGAAAGUUAUUGUAACCACCAAGCACAAUGAUGAUGAGCAAUACAUUUGGGAAUCACAAGCUGGUGGUUCUUUCACUGUUACAAGAGAUACUGAUGGUGAACAACUUGGUAGGGGAACCAAGAUCACUCUUUUCCUCAAAGAGGAUCAGUUGGAAUACUUGGAAGAGAGGAGAAUCAAAGAUCUUGUGAAGAAGCACUCUGAAUUCAUUAGCUACCCAAUCUACCUUUGGACUGAAAAGACUACUGAGAAAGAGAUCAGUGAUGAUGAAGAUGAUGAGCCCAAGAAGGAAGAAGAAGGUGUGGUCGAGGAAGUUGAUGAGGACAAGGAGAAAGAUGCCAAGAAGAAAAAGAAGAUUAAGGAGGUUUCUCAUGAGUGGGAACUCAUCAACAAGCAGAAGCCAAUCUGGCUGCGCAAGCCAGAAGAGAUCACCAAGGAUGAAUAUGCUGCUUUCUACAAGAGCCUAACCAAUGACUGGGAAGAACACUUGGCUGUGAAGCAUUUCUCUGUGGAGGGCCAGCUUGAAUUCAAGGCUAUUCUAUUUGUCCCGAAAAGAGCACCCUUUGAUUUGUUUGAUACCAGAAAGAAGAUGAACAAUAUCAAGCUCUAUGUUAGGAGGGUCUUCAUCAUGGACAACUGCGAGGAACUCAUACCUGAGUAUCUUGGAUUUGUGAAAGGUGUUGUCGAUUCUGAUGACUUGCCACUUAACAUCUCUCGUGAGAUGUUGCAACAGAACAAGAUCUUGAAGGUGAUUAGAAAGAAUCUUGUCAAGAAAUGCAUUGAAAUGUUCAAUGAGAUUGCUGAGAACAAAGAAGAUUACAACAAAUUCUAUGAUGCUUUCUCAAAGAAUUUGAAACUGGGUGUUCAUGAAGAUAGCCAGAACAGGGCUAAACUUGCUGAUUUGCUCAGGUACCAUUCUACAAAGAGUGGUGAUGAAAUGACUAGCUUGAAAGACUAUGUUACCAGAAUGAAAGAAGGGCAGAAGGACAUUUACUACAUCACUGGAGAAAGCAAAAAGGCUGUUGAAAACUCUCCAUUCUUGGAGAGACUGAAGAAAAAGGGCUAUGAAGUGCUCUUCAUGGUCGAUGCCAUUGAUGAGUAUGCCGUAGGGCAACUCAAAGAGUACGACGGAAAGAAAUUGGUUUCAGCUACAAAGGAAGGAUUGAAGCUGGAUGAUGAAACUGAAGAGGAGAAGAAGAAAAAAGAGGAGAAGAAGAAAUCCUUUGAGGAUCUCUGCAGGGUCAUGAAGGAGAUCUUGGGAGAUAAAGUGGAGAAGGUAGUUGUCUCUGACAGGAUUGUUGAUUCUCCAUGCUGUUUGGUGACCGGCGAAUACGGAUGGUCUGCUAACAUGGAGAGAAUCAUGAAGGCUCAAGCUCUGAGGGACAGCAGCAUGGCAGGCUACAUGUCUAGUAAGAAAACUAUGGAAAUCAACCCUGAUAAUGGCAUUAUGGAGGAACUGAGGAAGAGGUCCGAAGCUGAUAAGAAUGACAAAUCAGUGAAGGACCUUGUGCUUCUGCUUUUUGAAACCGCUCUUUUGACUUCUGGUUUUAGCCUUGAUGAGCCAAACACCUUUGCUGGAAGGAUUCAUAGGAUGUUGAAAUUGGGUCUUAGCAUAGAUGAGGACGAAACUGGAGCGGAUGAUGUUGACAUGCCUCCAUUGGAAGAAGAUGGUGCUGAGGAGAGCAAGAUGGAGGAAGUUGACUAAAAGCCUAUAGAUUGGAAUGAUGUUAGUAUGUUUAAAAGAUGGUGAAAAUAUGGUGGAUGCUUUGUGUCUUGGUAACUUUUUGUCUUGCAUAGUAAUGGGUCAUAGGUUUUGGUUUUGUCUUUGUACCUGUCUAUUACCAUGUCAUUAAUGAAAAAAAAUUCUUCAUCUUAA